AUGAGUGGAACCCCAGAUGCAGACUGUGAGCUCCUGGAUCCGUCGCUUAACGCUUGGCUGGAUAGGAUUUAUGGUCCUACGCAGGAACUUUUCUUCUGGGUCGUUGGACUUUCAAUGGAACCCUGUGACGAGUCCUUUCCCUCCGAUGAAAACGACCUUGAAGAUGAAGGGAUCGCGCGAUUUAUUGUGAUCUAUAAUACCACGCCUGAUGUAUACAACCAAUGUCUUGGGGUUAUCUACGACCAGCAGCUCCAUAGGGUUUCAUUCCCUUUAACUAUCGGAUCCACUGAAAAUAUCGAGCCUAUCGACGAAAAUGAGGAGAUGUGGUUCCUAUUCGAGACCCUUCUAACGCAGUGGAUCCAUUUGAUUCGUCUUGGUAAGGUAGUCGCCGGACUAUCGCAAGAGGAGAGGUCUCAGCACCGAGCCCAGGAGGGAUUAUGGUCGUGGCUUCCCUACUGCGAUGCCUAG